AUGCAACAAGAUGAUGUCAUUUGGGAAGUGAUUAAUCACUCAUUUUGUUCUUUUAAAACAACAUUUAAAGAAGCAAAGUUUUGUAGAAAUGAAUAUAAUGUUUCUGGUGCAUGUAAUAAGGUAUCAUGCCCAUUGGCAAAUUCAAGAUAUGCAACUGUACGUGAGGAGAAAGGUGUUUGCUAUCUCUAUAUAAAGACAAUCGAACGUGCACACACACCCGCCAAGCUCUGGGAGAAAAUCAAACUCGAUCAAAACUUUAUGGCUGCAAUCGAUACCAUCGAUAAAAACCUCGAGUAUUGGCCAGGUCAUAUGAUUCAUCGUGUCAAACAAAGAUACAUCAAGAUUACACAAUAUUUAAUUAGAAUGAGAAAACUUAGAAAACAAAUCAAACGUGAAUUGGUACCAAUUAAGAAGAAGACUGAAAGAAGAGAUGCUGCUCGUGAACAAAAAGCUAUGGUUGCUGCUCAACUUACAGUUAAUAUUAAGAAGGAAUUGAUUGAAAGAUUGAAUAAGGAUGCUUAUGGUAAUAUGUAUUAUUUCCCAGAAAAGAUUGUUAAUGAUGUUUUAUUGUCUGAGGGUGUUCAAGAUGAAAACGAGGAAGCUGAAGAGGAAAUGGAACAAGAAUUAGAUCAAUAUAUCGAGGGUGACGACGAAGAAUACGAAGAGGAAUAUGAAGAUGAAGAUGAGGCUGAACAAGAUCUCGAAGAUAACGGAUACGAUUUUGAUGAUGAAGAUGACAGUGAAUUUGACGACGAUGAUGACAGCGAAGAAGAAUAUGUACCUAAAAAAUCGGUCGAUGUCAACUUAGUCUCUAUUGAACAGAUUCAACAAAGUAUUGAACAAAUAGUGACACUUACUUUAAAACAAAAAACAUCCUUGUCUUUACAGUUAUUUCUCUAUUUUAUGAUCGAUGGUUUAUUAUUCUUUAGUUUAAAUUUCGUCUCAGAUAAUAAUCAAAUAUUGUUCAAUGAACAUCAUGAUCAAUUCAACACUCAAGAACUUCAAAGACAACACAACAAUGAUUCAUCGUCAAUAUUAAUUGAUAUCAUUAUUAAAUACAAAAAUUCAAAUCUAAAACAAUCGAUGAUGAGUAUUGGUUAUGAAAUCUCUGUCUGCACUCCUGUUCCAAAGUAG